GAAAAUCAUGGCUCGUCACGCUGCCAGAAAAGAGGUCUGAAAACCACGAAAAACGGAGAAGAGCGACGACCAUCUAGGACCUUCAAAACUCUUCCACUUGGCCUAGUCUGACUUUGAAUCCGUUGGACAGCUCCAGAGCAACAUGUCCUCCGCGUCCGAGGAUGCCGGCUUGGUAACGCCCCCUAUCGCCCAAACCCCGCCCAGAGGCGUAGUGGACAUGGACCAGCAAUCCGAGGAUGGGGACACGUGUUCAGUCAUGUCCAUUGACGGCGAUCCUUUGGUGGCGCCCUCCACGCCCACCCCCGCCGGGUCUGGGGGAGGUGGACGAGCCGGCACGCCUUCUGGCGUGGCCACACCCACGGCUCUGAUGGCCCCGCCCUCUCCCGUGUCUAGGGAUCAACUGCAGAAGCGAAUCGAGUCGUUGCAACAACAGAAUCGCGUGCUCAAGUGCGAAUUGGAAACCUACAAAUUGAGGGUCAAGAGUCUCCAGGAGGAAAACAAGGCCAUUCGACAAGCCUCCGUUCACAUCCAAGCCAAAGCGGAGCAAGAGGAGGAGUUUAUAUCAAACACGUUAUUGAAGAAGAUCCAAGAGCUCAAGAAAGAAAAGGAAUCCCUGGCUUUAAAUUAUGAACAAGAGGAGGAAUGUCUCACCAACGAUCUUUCCCGCAAACUCAACCAGCUCCGACAAGAAAAGAUCCACUUGGAGCACACCUUGGAACAGGAACAGGAAUGCCUGGUGAACAAACUGAUGCGACGGAUCGAGAAACUCGAGUCGGAGACCUCGACCAAGCAGAAUAAUCUGGAAACACUUCGUCGGGAGAAGGUCGAGCUUGAGAACACGUUGGAGCAAGAGCAGGAGGCCCUGGUCAACAAGUUGUGGAAGCGCAUGAAUAAGCUGGAAACCGAAAAGAGGUCGCUUCAGGUGAAGUUGGACCAGCCGGUGUCCGAACCUCCGUCCCCCCGCUCGAUCAACGAGCUCAACAAUGGUGAUACCGCAGCUAACCUGGCCAAUAAUAUCCAGCAGCUCCGACAAGAGGUGACCCGCCUCAAGAAGCAAUUGGAGGCCGGUCAGGCUGAGCAUGAGGCCAAGGUGGCCCGCUAUGCCAAGGAGGAGCAAGAGAUCCGCGAGGAGAACCUCAAACUCCAGCGGCGACUCCAACUGGAAAUGGAACGUCGAGAAGCCUUGUGUCGAACCCUUUCCGAGUCAGAGUCCAGUUUGGAGAUGGAGGAGGAGCGUGUCUACAAUGAGAUGAGCAGUCACAUCAUCAGCGGAAUUGGUGGUCCGGUUGUUGCCCCUGUACCUGGUGUCGUCGUUCCUGUGAGAAAGGUCUCGGCGGCCAUUCAUCACCGCACACGCACCUUAUCCAGUCCCAUCCCACCAGUCGUCUCAGCAGGCCUAGUGGGCGUGGCCCUGCCACCUCCCCUCGCAAAUAACCCCGUGUCUCCACCUAACAUCAAGUUCAACGUGACACCCCCACAAGCAUCCAACUCUUUGCCCAAACGAGCGCCUUAAAAGGAGGCCAGAUAUUAUGGAAAACCGCCCCCAGAACCCCCAAUGUGAUGAAAAGGACCUUCUACAACAACCACAACCUUCUCCAAUCGUUCCCAUCUUUCCAGCACUUACACACAUACCGAAAGAAUAGUUCCCUUAGAUCCCAAUUAACGACAACAAAAACACCGGAACCGCAAAUCCCAUGAAUCGCUAAGUCUCUUCUAUGGCAUCUCGUGUAUGUCUAAGAGUUGGAGAGGAGUCGAAGUGGAUCCAGAAAUUAGGACUUGUCCUCUUUUGUUAUGGAAUUUGAAUCUUAGGUUUCGUGAGUCGUUCUGAGCCCAUCUUGGUUGCGUACUUGGUUUGAAAUCCCUUAUUUGACUCACAAAACAGGCCUUUUUGUGCGUAAGAUAUCACCUUUUAAAUGAAUUAACUACAGUUUGCCAAAUGCUUCAACCCAACCUUACCAGAUUUUGCAUUGAAGGUGUGAUUUCAUUUAGAAAACACUAUACCACAUUUGAAAGAAGAUUGGCGUCCAACGAAGUAACCUUUGAUGAUGAAAACCUAAGCAACAACCACAUUAAGGUGAACAUCAACAUGAAUAAUUACUCACUAAGUCCAUCUUAUCCUCCAAGUCAUUAUUCCCACUGAAGUGUGAAUGAUAUAGAGCACUUCUUGAAGACCAUAACAAGAAAAAUGAAAUUGGUGAACUUAAGAUUUUGUAAAGAAACACCUAAAAAUUAACAGAAUGGUUCAAUUGACAACACUGUUGAGGCUUUGGUUUGAAACUCACGCACGCUCUUAAAAAGUUGCCCAUUUUCAUCUGUAAUGAAUUUCAGUGAUCAGCUUUUGGUAAUGAAAUGAAUCACCGUCUCUUUUAUAGUGAUGAUUUUUUCAUUUGGAUGUAUUCUGAAUGGUUUGAAGGAAAAAAAAAGUCCAUAAAAUGUGGAUCGAGCAAUAUGAGACUCGUGAUUAACAGCCCCAACGAGUCCGGAUCACGAAACCUAGGUAUCAACUUUCACUGUUUUGUCACCGAAUAUCUCUCUAAGCCGGUCUCGAAGCUCGGUGUGUUGCUCUGCCGAUUUGAGCCCUUUGAAUUCCAAUAGUUCCGCUUCAUUGCUCCCGUUCUUCUUCCUCGGAUCAUCAUGAUUACCAUUAUUAUUAUUAUUUUUAUGUACACUAUCCCAUUCUCUGAUCCUCAUUGCUUCUUGACUCGUUUAUUUGUUUUCCUAUCAGAUCGUUUUCAUCGUCUCACCAAUCAAAUCAAGACACGUUUGCCUUCGGUUCUCUUAUUAUGUCGAUUCAAUUGGUUUUCUAAAACAGCCCAAGUUACUACUAUUCCUGUCCAAAUAUAUCACUGUAUUGAGAGAAUUCAA